AUGACGGUCAAAUCAUUUUCGCUGAUCAAACGGGGACCAAUUUUUGGAGUUCGGCAUGUUCAAGCAUUAUUUCUAUUCAUAUGCUGCACUUUGGGAAUUCAAAUGCGAGUCAAUGUUUCUGUAGGAAUUGUUGCAAUGACAAAUGCAAACUCAACAAACGCUGAUUUUCCAGAAUUCGUUUGGAGUGAAGCAGAAAAAUCCUACAUGUUAAGUAGUUUCUUCUGGGGAUCAUUGUGUACACAAUUCCUGGGUGGAUACCUAUCCAGUCAAUAUGGAGCAAAGCAACUUCUUCUAGCUUGCACGCUAGGAGUAUCCCUCCUGAGUCUUCUAACUCCAACAGCUGUUAUUUAUGGAGGUUGGCAGCUAUUUUGUGUCGUUCGUGUCUUUCAAGGAAUAUUUCAAGGUGUUAUGUUUCCUUGCUUUUAUUCUCAUCUUGCCAAAUGGUGCCCCGUUGAGGAACGAAAUCUUCUCGGUGGAAUCACCCAAACCGGAAUGGAUAUUGGUUCAGCUUUAGGAUUUGCUGUCAGUGGUUUAGUAGCAGCUUCGGAUCUCGGCUGGCCUGGGAUGUUUUAUAUCCCAGGAAUACUUGGAAUACUAUGGUCGAUUUUGUGGAUACAUUUUGGAGCAAACAGUCCAGAAGAAUGCCGAAUAAUUUCUUUGGCUGAGAAGAAAAAGAUUCAGCUCUCACUUGAACAGCCAAUAAAUUCUAGCCGAAAUAAAGCCGUUCCAUGGAAAGCGAUAUUCACUUCGGUUCCAUUUUUGGCUUUGACUGUGGUAAAAAUUGCUAUUGCUGCUAGUUUCUUCACUUUGAUGCAACAAGUUCCAGCUUACAUUCAUGGAAUCUUCAAAGUUGGCAUCAAAAUGAACGCUGUUUACUCUGCGAUUCCUUAUGUUUUCAUGUGCGUUCUUUCGUAUGUUUUUCUAAUUGUUGCUGACACUUUUACGAAAGGCGAUGAUGUUAACUCAAUAGCUUGUUGGAUUCCAGCAGCAGCUUUGGUCGCAAUGGGCUAUGUGAGUGUGGAACAUGUGGCAACGAGUGUGACUUUGCUGAUUAUUGCAGUAUCAGCGUGUGCAGCUCAAGUUAUUGGCAGCAGCUUAAAUCAUAUUGAUCUAGCUCCUGAUCAUGCGGGGAUUCUUUUUGGAAUCACCAACACUUUGGCAAAUGCUGUCGGUAUAGUUUCACCACUUUUUGUUGGGAUUAUUGUUUCGGAUGAGGGCAAUCGAUUACAAUGGAGGGUAGUUUUCAUUGUUAUUGCUGUGAUAUUAUUUAUUGGUAAUUUAAUUUAUGUGAUAUUUGGGAAAAUGGAAAAACAACCUUGGAACGAGAGUCAAGAUGAAGUUGUUGACAGUAAAAAUGAUGUUGAGAAGGCACCAGGUGCUACAACAACUGUGGAAGAACUCAACUUUCCUAGAUUUAAGUUUAUAGCAUAA